AUGUCAGCUCUUGAGAUUACUUCCGCAACGGCGGGUCAUGAGCUUGAUGACACGAAGAAGGUCAAGGAUGAAGAUAUUCAAGAUGUCGAGAUCGGAGAUGUCAGGAAGCCAGACCUGUACAGCAAGGUCUCUGUUUAUCUGACCAUGGUCUUCUCGGGCCUUGCCCUUGGAUCAGAUGGCUACAAUGCUGCAGUGAUUGGUAACCUCGAACUCCUCUUCGCAACCCUCUACCCGGAAGCCCUAACAUCAACAAUGCGAUCCCGUCUCUCCAACGCCUUCCUCAUCGGCAUGAUCGUCGGCAUGAUAGGUUUCGGCGUGGUAGUAGACCAACUGGGUCGUAAAACCGGCGCCGUCAUGACAACACUGAUCCUCCUUCUUGGCAUCGCAAUGAGCGCCGGAGCCAGCGGCUUAACACCAACGGGUCUGAUGUGGAUGCUCGUGAUUGCUCGUGGAGUAGCUGGCGUAGGUGCCGGAGGAGAGUAUCCCGUUUCAGGUGCUGGAGCAAUGGAGGCCUCUGAUGAAGACGGCCAGUUUCGCAAGUCGAGAGGUUUCAUGUUUGCCAUGGUAGCUGAUCUUUCAGCUGGUUUGGGGUAUACUUUCGGUGCGCUUGUUCCAUUGCUCUUGCUGCUUUGUGUGCAUCAACGAACAGACCGAUAUGAGACUGUUUGGAGAGUUGCGCUUGCGUUGGGUGCAGUCCCGCCACUGUCUAUCUUUUGGUUCCGAUUGAGGAUGAGAGUCUCUACGGCAUAUCGAAACUCGGCCCUUCGAAAACAACGGACGCCGUAUGUUUUAAUCUUCAAGAAGUAUUGGAGACGCAUUAUUGGUGCUGCUCUGAGUUGGUUCUUAUAUAACUGGAUCUCAAUUCCCUUUGGCAUCUUCAGCUCCGUCAUUAUCUCGAGAGUCAAUGCGUCGAACUCGCUCGUCCAGAAUCUUGGUUGGGGGGCGCUGAUUAACAGCUUCUACCUCCCUGGUCCCUUCAUCGGCGGAUACCUAUCGGACAAGAUUGGAAGGAGAAAGACCAUGGCUUUGGGUUACACUCUUCAGGCUGUUCUCGGAUUCGUGCUUGGUGGUGCGAAUGAGCAGAUUCAAAAGGUUUUCCCAUUAUUUGUUGUUCUAUAUGGUAUCUUCCUCACUCUAGGAGAGGUCGGUCCUGGCAGCACUGUUGUCAUCGUGGCGACUGAGCCAUUCCCAACUUCGGUCCGAGGCCAUGCUCUUGGAUUCAUCUCUGCAUGGUCAAAGGCUGGAGCCGCCAUCGGUACUCAGGUUUUCACCGCUAUCCUCAGCUCCUACACCGAUACCGUCAAGGGCAAUCAGGUUGUCUUCCUGAUUGGCUCAGCUUUUGCGGUUCUAGGUGCGCUGAAUGCCUGGUUCGUUGUCCAGGAUGGCGAGAAGCAUCUUGAGAAGGAGGAUCAAAUCUGGAAGAGCUAUCUCGAGGAGAAUGGAUGGGAUGCUAGCUGGGGCGAUCACCAGACGCAAGAUCCUGUCGGAACUUUAAAGGAUGAGCUAAAGCCAACAUCUUGA